AUGGCAAAGAAACGAAGUUCACUGAAAAACAAUCGUCCCGGUGCGGACGGAAAGAAGCCGGUGAAACAUAAAACAAAGCAAAGACCGAAAUUCGGUGUCAAAGCGAAUUCAACGUUCAAAAAGGGUGAACACAGCUUGAAUCCAGAUUUUUUCUUGAUUUAUUUUCUACCAUCAGAUCGUAAAGCAACUGGUGAUCAUAUGCGUACGAAAUCAACCAUCAACCGAUUGCGCAUGUACAAAAACUUUAAACCAAUACGUGACUCAAAAGGCAAAAUAAUAAAAGCAGCACCUUUCCAAGAGCGUCUCGCAUCAGGAACAGUUGCACGAGUUGAACCAAACAGGAAAUGGUUCGGUAACACACGAAUCGUUGGACAAGAGCAAUUACAGAAGUUUCAAGAGAAUCUGGGUAAAGUGAUGAAAGAUCCAUUCCAAGUGGUGAUGCGACAAACAAAAUUACCCAUCUCACUACUUACUGAAAAAUCGAAGCAACAACGUGUGCACGUACUUGAUACAGAAAGUUUUGAAUAUACGUUUGGUAAGAAGGCUUUGAGGAAAAAGGCGACUCUUAAAGUUGAUACACUCGAGGGAUUGCAAAGUGAUGCGAUAAGUCGAUCCGAGAAGUACAGUAAAGAGGACGAUCGUGAUGUUCACGAUGAGUCGCGUGAUGUAGAGCGUCCCGAAAAUGCUAAUCCUCUUUUCAAAGCUGGACAGAGUAAUCGUGUUUGGGGAGAACUUUACAAAGUGCUUGAUUCAUCAGAUGUAAUCGUAGAGGUGAUUGAUGCACGUGAUCCGAUUGGCACCCGUUGUAAGCAUGUUGAAGAGUUUCUGAGGAAAGAGAAACCACAUAAACACUUAAUUGUUGUAUUGAAUAAAAUCGACUUGGUACCAACCUGGGUCACGAAGAAAUGGUUAUCGAUAAUGUCGAAACAGUUACCAACGGUUGCGUUCCACGCCUCAAUGCAACAUUCAUUCGGUAAAGGUGCGCUCAUCAACGUAUUACGUCAGUUUGCUAAACUUCACAAAGAAAGGAAGCAGAUUAGUGUCGGAUUUAUUGGCUAUCCGAAUGUUGGUAAGUCAUCGAUCGUGAAUACGUUAAGAGCGAAGAAAGUUUGCAAAACGGCGCCAAUUGCUGGUGAAACAAAGGUAUGGCAAUAUGUGACUUUAAUGCGUCGUAUCUAUAUGAUCGAUAGUCCGGGUGUUGUUUAUCCACAGGGUGAUUCUGAGACGCAAAUCAUCUUGAAAGGCGUGGUUCGUGUGGAAAACGUUAAAGAUCCAGAGAAUCACGUGCAAGGUGUUCUGGAUCGAGUGAAAGCCGAGUAUUUGAAAACAGUUUAUGGAAUUGACGAUUGGACUGAUGCAGAAGACUUCUUGAGCAAAAUUUGCUUGAAAGCAGGACGACUAUUGAAAGGUGGUGAACCGGAUAUUCAAACGGUCGCAAAAGCUGUUUUGAACGAUUUUCAGCGUGGUCGAUUACCGUAUUUCGUUCGACCACCGGGAUGUGAGUCAAACGAUGAAGGAACUGAUGACCAGCCACCUUUGAAUGAGAUGAUGCUUGAAGGUGAUUUGCAAACGGCCGACAUCGAUGUUAAGGCUGAAACAUCGGAAGAUAGCGGUGACGGAAGUGACGAUGAUGAGGGAUCGUUAACGGAUGUUGGUUCCACUUGUAGUGGCCUGACGGAUCUAUCAGGUGUUUCGGAUCUACUCGAUGAACACUUUACAGAUGCGGAGCCACAACGGCAAGAAGAACGAGGAGAGCAAACAAUUGAUGAGGAUGAUACAAAGAAUCGAAAACAAAACUCAUCUGAUAACAAACAUCAUCCAGUCAAAGCCACUAUAAAACGGCGUACUCGCGGUAAAAGGGCUGGUAAGAAAUUGACUGAAAAACGGAAACGUCUUAAAAUGCAUGGCAAUAUGGGUGGUAGUGGGCUGAGUACCGAGUCGACUGCUGCUAUCAAUAAGGAUAAUGUUGGUGUCGUUGAUUUUGGAUUGCCGGUAACAGAUAAACGGAAAAAUACUUGGCGUAAGAAGUUGGAAAAACGUCGAGUCAUUAAACAUCAGGUGUAA